CGGCCCCGCGUCGACGUGUCGUCGGACUCGACGGGCCGGGCGGCGGCGACGCGAGUCCUCGGCGCCUGGCCGGUCCUCCCAGUCCUCUGAGAGGACCGCGCGCUCGGAGGACGGGUCACGCCGCGUCACCGGCCGUCCUCCCGGGUCUGAAGCGAGCGUGCUCGCGCGGCUGAGCGGGGCACCUCCGCCGGCGCAAGAGCUCUGCUGCCGAAGCCAGGGCCGGCGAGCGGGACUCGCCCCGUCUCCUCCGCCCUUCCUCCCGAGACGAGAGGACGUCUCCACGAUAAGCCGCCACGCUGUCGGCUCCGCACGAGCCGGCCGGGCCCGCGCAGACGCGCCUGCCUCCGCUCCGGACUCAGGAGACGGUAGAGACCAUCCAGCACUCCGACAUGUCGGCCGGCAGGGUGGCUGACGUCGACUAUGCCGGUCCGCGGAAGCCGUUGGAUGCCAACCGGUACGCUACCAAGAAGACCAUCGCGCAGGGCAUGCUGGACGUGGCGCUGCUGACGGCGAACGCCUCGCAGCUGCGCUACGUCCUGCAGGUGGGGGAGCAACACGAGUUCUACACCCUCAUGGUCACCCUCAUCAGCGUCAGCAUCAUCCUGCAGGUGCUGAUCGGCGUGCUGUCGUUGAGUUUGAACUUGCUGCGCGAUUGCCGCCUGGACCGGGACGAGUACGCCAAAUCGGCAAACGCAAUCAACUACACGUCGCUGGCGUUCGUGUUUGUCAUUACGACCACCAACGUGCUGAUAUCGGCCUUCGAUGUCCGGCCGACGGGUAGGGAAGGCGCGCCCUGAGACAGUAUACGGGGGCGCGGCCGCGCGGGCCGAUCGCGGCUGCCGCGGUGCCCAUGGUCCCGGAGGGUGGCGCCGCUGGCCGAGACAUAGGCGCGAGCAAACGUUUUAAUUAUUCUGUCGUGUUUGAAUCAUAAAACUGAAACCAGGUCAAGUGUUGAUGUGAAUUUGGCAGCGGAUAUUGGAUUAUCUUAUAUCCUGUUAGUUUCUGUAGUGAUACCGAAUUCUUUGAGCACUUGGUAAAGGUUUGGCUUGUAAAGCACGCAACACAAAAACGCCGUUUGGACGGCGCAGUAUUCUGGAAUGCUGUGACAGCAUGUGACUUUGUUAUAGCUGGGCUAUGUGUGAUAGGAGUUAGCGAUUACCGGAGGGACUCAGGUCUAAUGUACUCGCCGGCUUUAACAUUCUGCCUGGAGAUGUCAGUGCAGUCACCGAGAGGCAGGUUUUAUCUCUUCAAUAAACAACUAUCGUGUGGUGGUGCCA